GUAUCAUGUUAGUUUAGAAAACAAACAAACAAACAAACAAACAAACUCUGUAUAUUGCGCAAUCAAGCGGAAAUAAGUGAAUAUCAAAUGAAGGUCGCUAGAAUUAACUUUGGGAACUGGAUAUUAACUAACAAAUAACCGUGUUAAAAUUUAUUGGUUGAUGAUCUUGGUAAUUAAAUGCAUAUACUGUGAUGUCAUUCGAUGUAUCAUUGAUAUUUAGAAAUUCAGCUGAAUCAUUCAUCACAGAAAAUCAUUCCUACAAUUUAUUCCUUCAUUUUGAUCAAUUAUCCCUAUUACAACGGUAUAGAAGAUUAAUUUAAAUACUAAUGAAUUUGUAUAAAUUUUCAAUUUAUUCAUUAUUGACAAAUUUGCAUUCAAUCACUUUAAUUGUCAUAUUUUGUACAUUUUUACUACCAACUAAUGAGAUUGGUUUUCGUGGUCCAGUUGAUAGUAAUAUAUUUGCUGAAAUUGAAGGUGAUGCACCCAAUUCAUCAAUAUGUCGACGUAUGUUUAGUAAUUUUACAGAACCAGAAAUUCGUUGUUUAAUUGCUAAACAUUUUCCUGGAUGUCAAUUUGAUUCAGGAUUUUUUCAAUAUUUAGUAUUUCAAUAUUGUAAUUUUGAUGAACGUAUAGCUCCAACAGUAUUUAUGAUAUUUUGGCUUAUUUUAUUAUUGGGGGCAUUUGCAACAAUAUCUGACUCAUUCUUUAGUACCUCUCUUAUUGCUUUGGCUCGAAGUUUACGGAUGAGUCAAAAUUUAGCGGGAGUUACACUUUUAGCAUUUGGCAACGGGGCUCCAGAUGUUUUUAGUGCAGUCACAGCUAUUACGACUGGAGAUCCUGACGCACCAGAUGAAGGACUUGGAUUAGGGUUUUUAUUAGGAUCUGGUCUUCUGGUAAAUACGGUUACAGCUGGAUUGGUUAUCUUUUUAAAGCCAUUUAAACUCAGUCGUAGACCAUUUUUAAAAGAUACCAUAUUUUAUAUGAUUGCUGUCAGUUGGGCUGCAUCAAUUUUGAUCCGUCGGAAAAUUUAUUUCGCAGACGCUAUUGGGUUUUUAGUAUUCUACUUAAUCUAUGUAUUAACUACAUGGGUUAGUAGUACUUAUAUGCAUCGUCAAAGAAAAAAUGGAACACAUAGUAUCAUUCCAUUGUUUUUACAAAAUAUUCUUUCAAAACCGUUAAACACGUUAAGUCGUAAACGACAAAAUUUAUUACAAACAUGUCAACGCAUUUGUCCUCAAUUUAUGUUUUUGAAAAGAAUUCGAAAGAAAAUCAAUUUUUAUCAGUUUAAGAAAUCUAAAUCAUUGCAAAAUCAUGUAAUUAUUGAAGAUGGAAUGAAAAAUCUGUAUUCAAAUGUUGUUUCCGAGAAAGUUUUACCUGAAAAGACAGUUUUAUCAGCAAAUGCUAAAUUAAAUGGGAAUGUUGAAUUGAGAGAUCGAGAAAAAGUUACAAUUCCUAAUAUUCACGUCAGUGAUAAACGAAUAAAUAGUCAACAAAUAAAUGCACCGAAAAUUGAAAUCACUUCACCACAAGAUAUCGACGAUCUCAAUUCACAUUUGGAUCAUUCAUCAUAUCUACAUGGAGAUGAAAGUCCACGUUUGUCAUCUGAUUCACACGAUUUUAAAAAUUAUUUAAAUCCACCUGAUGGUGCUAAAAAACGAGCAUCUUCAUUAAUUUCAACUGAACCAAUGUCAAGCGAUAGACGUUUAUCAACUGAAAAUUCUGGUUUAAGUCGUGGACGCUGUCGUAGAGCACAAUCAGUAUUUAGACGAAGACCUAGUUCUAGAAUGAGUACAACAGGGUAUGAGUUAUCUUAUAUGGUACGAUGGAUUAUAGCAAAUCGGGAAUUAAAGGAGAAAUCUAUGGGUUCACGAGAUGGAGAAACACGGAGAUCACAGAAAUCUUCACAAUAUGAUCCUGAAGAACAAACUAAUGAGAAUGUAACUUCUGGGAAUAAUUUAUUUGGCCGGAAAGGAUCACACCACACACUGAAUCUAACAAAUACACCAAAUUAUAUGCAAUCACCGACAUUAUCUGCCUAUUCACUUGAAGAGGAUACACCGCCUAAAUCAUCUCUUUCCCUAAGAAAGAUAAAAUUAAAUGUUCUACCAUCUGACUUGGAAACAGGUAAACAACAAAUGUCAGGUGUUGGUGAAAAUGACAUCAAAUUUUCGAGUACCCUACCAAAGUUCAGUCAUCAAGAAGGAAGUCUCAAAGAAUAUGAUGAUGAAAAAGAGACGACAGUCAGAAGAGGAGUUGGGGAGAGCAAUGAAGAAGAUGAAGAGAUAGAGGAAGAGGAAAUAUCUUGGUUAGAAAAAUGGGCUAUGAAAGGCGUAUGGCAUCAUUUUGCUUAUUAUAUGAUACCAAUUGAUGUAGAAUCAUGGCCUCAACAAUCAGUAUUUAGUCGAUUCUUACAGAUUUUACAAACACCAAUUUUUCUGGUCUUUCGAUUAACAAUACCAACUGUAAUAGAAGAACUGGCAGACGAUACAGAAACGAAGGGUCCUACUCAACAAUCAAAUAUUGAACAGAAAAUUAAUGAACCAUCUCGAGAAAUAAGUACCAUUCCGGAAGAGAAUAAAUUUACUCUGAAUUCCAGCCAACCUGAAUUGAAUAAUAGUAAUGACUUUGUUCCAGAAAAUACUGAUCAUGAACCUGUUGCAGUGAAUUUAGAGUUAAUGCAUGGAUGGUGUAAACCAUUAAAUGUUUUUCAAUGUCUAUUAGUACCAGCUUUAUGGCCUAUGUUAUUGACAGCUAAUGGCAAAUGCAUUGGAUUAUCACCUAUUGGAAAAACUCCAAUACCAAUAUUUUGUCCAUUUCUAGCUAGUGGAUUCGUUAUUGCACUGACGGUGUUUUUCACCUCAAAAUGGAAUCAACCACCUCGGCAUUAUCAUAGACCAUUUUUUGCUACACUUGGCUUUAUUACAUCAAUUAUAUGGAUAUAUGCAUUAGCUCAUGAAUUAGUGAAUUCAUUAGAAACUUUAGGUAUAGUAUGGGAAAUCAGUGAAGCUAUUCUGGGACUUAGUGUUAUGGCAUUGGCUAGUUCAAUUGGAGACAUAAUGUCGAAUUGUUUGUUGGCUCGAAAUGGCUACCCUAGAAUCGCAUAUGCAGCUUGUCUAGGUUCACCAUUGUUUAAUUUACUACUUGGUGCUGGUCUUUCAUAUACUGUCAAAAUUAGCAGAGCAGAAGUUGGAUAUGCAUAUUUGUCAUUUACACUUACUCAAGCUUUAUUAUUCUCCUCUCUGCUAGCAGUACUCACAUUAAAUAUAUUAACAGCUUUAAUAGGAAGAUUUCAAUUUUAUCGUUAUUAUGGUAUUGUUUUAAUAAUGAUCUAUUUAGUAUUUGUAACAAUUGCUAUUCUCAUUGAAGUUGAUGUAAUUGUCUCACCAGUUAAUUGGAAUUUAGCUACUGGAACAGAAUAAAUAUUAUUAUUAUCAUUAUUAUUAUUCCUAUUAAUAAUAAUAAUAAUUCUAAUAAGUAUCACUGUUAAAGGUACAAAAAUCACGAUAUAUACAUAAGUCAAUGUUGAUUUACUUAUACUGAAAUUUAAUGACCAUUACAAUGAACUAAUUAAUGUAUUAACUAACUAUAAAUACGGUUUAUUUUUCUUCUAUAUUACUAUCUUUCCGUUUCUUUUCUACUCUAUGUUUUGUGAUAUUUUGUAAUGUUUAAAAUCUUUUCACUUAUUUCAUAAUCAUUUCUAAAUUAGCCAGAAUAAAAAAAAAAUUAUGAAAGAUUAGAGAAAAAUAAUUGAAGAGAGUAGAAAGAUAGUGUGAAACAAGUGAAGAGUUUACUGUUAAUUUGUUUAUUCGCAUCUUCUUCAUUGUGGAUAUUUUCAAUAGAAAUUUAAAAGAGAUGUUAUUUUAAAUGCUUCAGGAUAUUUAUUGAUUUUUGAUUUUUGCUGGGACUCGAGAGAAUUUAUAAGAGAUCUAGGAAACGAACAACUACAGUUGCAUUAUAGUCUACCAGUCACUUCUUCAAACACUUAAAUACAAAUAGCUAUUUUGUAUACAUAAUAAAUUAAUCAGUUUUUGAAUAGAAAAGAAGAAAAUUUUAUAGCAAAUUCAAAAUGAA